AUGGCCAAGGGCUCGCGCACUGAUCGGUCUAAGGAAUCAAGUAAACAGGAGAUGGCGGCGCCGGAGCACACGGCCCUGCUGUUGAAGUGUUACACCAAGCUGAAAGACUUCACCACCCUGGAGGAGUUCUUGAAAACGACCCCUCCACAGCAGUAUGACCAUGCAACAGCCAUUGAGGUCUUGGAAUCCGCAGCAUAUCAUGGUCUAGCCGCAGAAGUGGCUCAGAAGGUGGGCCGUUUCGAUGACUACGUGCGGAUCUCCUUGGAGCAGUUCAAGAACUGUAGCACCACCGUGGAGUUCCUACGCUCUUUGUCCAAGGCUGAGGCUGGCCGCAUCCUGCUUCGGAUGGGGCGAAUGCUGAUGCGACAUGCACCCAAGGAGACCAUUGCAUUGGUCCGCCAUGUCACAGAUGGAGCUGCCGAAGACUUUCAAGGCCCCAGUAUCGACGAACUUCUGCCAGUCUUCGUAGACGAUCCGUCGCAAUUAGAGGUCUUCUUGAGAUCGGUUCUUUUAGAUGAAGGCUGUCAGCUUCCGCAUGCCAAGGCAGAAAGCCUCUUUCCGACGCUCCUGGAGCUUCUCGUCAAGUCGCAUAGCAUUGCCAGCGAUGCAAGCGAGGCGUCCAGAAUCUCUGCUGAUAUCAUGAGGCUCAUCAGACAGUAUCCCAGCGACGCGGCAUUGGCAAACACGCUGAUGGUCUGCCAGACCUAUGGUUUCGUGGAUGGUUUCUUCUAUGCUGCAGAGAAACUUCACCGACAUCAGCUGCUAAUGCACUGGUGCUUCGAGCACAAGGAUGCUCGGCGUCUCCUAGAGGUCUGCAAACGCUGUGGACCCGACCAAAGCUUGUGGGUUCAGGCCUUGUCCUUCCUGGCUUCGCCGGAGAGCGGUGGAGGACACCUGGAAGAGAUUCAGGAAGUGCUGCGGCAUAUCGAGGACAGCGAUUUGAUGCCGCUGCUUCUGGUCAUUGAGACCUUGCGCCAUAGCGAAGAGGUCACCAUCGGCGAUGUGCGACCAUACCUGCAGGCACAAUACAAGCGCCUGGUCGAUGCCCUUGCAACGUCCAGAGGGAAGUCCUCUCAGGCGCUGGGUUCAGUGUUUGGUACUUGGGGUUGUACUUGGGGCAUCUUGGGGCUGCAGGGGUGCCCGUCAGUUUUUGCCGAGUUCUCACGCCUCAAGGGAGGUUUCAUUGGCUCGAAGACCUACACUGCACUACUUUGCGAAUUUUCUCUCUCAGUAUGA